AUGGUGGUUAACGGGCGAACACCGAUGAAAAGGGUGGUCAAGAGGCGAGUCACGGCUGACCUCAAAGACUUCCUCACGUUCCCCACUGCCGGCGAUGCUGAUGAUAUUCCGGCGGUCGCCGGACCGUUCAGGACGUGCGUGAAGGAUUUUCUGUCCGAGCACGCGCUCCUCCCUCCCCCUUCUUCGCUCUUUCCAUACCUGCUCACGUGGCAGGUCCUCUUUCGCGUAGGCGACCUUGUCGGAGACGACGGCGGUCCUGCCGUCGUUUGCCUUGACGUCGUGGAAGAGGAUGUCUCGAGAUCCAGAUCUGUUUAUUGCGACCCGUGCCGAGUUGUUGGAUGGAGCAGUAAUCCAGUAAGUGCAAAGCGCUACCAUUUUAUAAUAAAGUCUGAUGGCAAUUCCAUUGCUGGCUAUAAUAAGAUGUGUGCAGGAUGUGGUGAUAUCCUUCAUAUGAUGGAUUUGAGGUGCAAGUCAUGCAACCAUGUGAUGACCAUAGAAGAUGUUGAAGACUGGAUGUAUCAACAGUUGGAAAAUACAACACAUCUUUUACAUGGAGUGAUUCAUGCAAAUGGCUUUGGGCAUCUCCUUAGAGUUAAUGGUAGAGAAGGUGGCUCCAGGGUGCUUUCUGGACGUUAUAUAAUGAACUUUUGGGAUCGGCUUUGCAAAAUGCUGGGAGUCAGAAAGGUUAGUGUGAUGGAUGUAUCAAAGAAGCAUGGGUUAGAGUUACGACUGCUACAUGCCAUAACUAAAGGCCAUCCUUGGUAUGGAGAUUGGGGUUAUGAGUUUGGUGCUGGGAGUUUUGCUUUGACACGAGAAGACUACAGAAUGGCUGUUGAAGACCUUUCCUGUUUGCCCUUGUCCAUAUUUCUAUCUCGAGGGCGGAAGCCUCGAACACACCUGCAGGAUUUAAUUUCAUUUUAUCAGUCAAUAUCAGAGCGUGAGAUUGUAAAUGUUAGAGACCUCUUCUGCUUUUUAACAAGUUUGAUCCAUGAUGCUCACAAGUGUUCCUUGAGGUCUGAUGUUCCUCCUUGCAAGAAGCUUAAAAGUUGUGAAUCUAUGGCCCUGUGCUCAUGGACCAUGAAUGAUAUUGCACGAGUGGAAGAAGCUAUGUUCAAGGUGUUGCGUGCAGUUAGUGGGUCCACCUGGGUGAGUUGGCGUGCCCUUAGAGGUGCUGUUUGCAAAGUUGGCUGUCCUGAGCUUUUGGAUUAUUGCCUUAAAGAGCUUAAGGGAAAACAGUCAUCUCAAGGAAUGGUGGUCAAUGCCCGCUGCAUAUCUGAUUCUAGUGUGAUGGAAUAUAGACUUGAGCCAGGAAAUGCAUCACUGAAUACCAAUACGGCUUUGAACAGCACCCUUAUCACGCAAUAUCGAUCUAAUGAACAUCUCCUGCAAGAUCUGAGAUACUUGUAUGAAUGCAUGCUUCUUCCUGAGACAAUGGUGAGCCAUGUGCCUUCAACAAAACGAGAUGUCGCAGUUGGUGCAGCUUCUGCACUACGUGAUUGCAAGCAAUUUGUUAAAGACUUCCAUCCAGAGAACAUUUUUCCAGCUUCUGGAUCAAAAGCAAUACAACUGUUUUGUGAAGUGGACCUCACAGAGCAAUCUGAAGAAUACAUCCCUAAUCCUCCACCAGAGUUGCUCGUUCUUUCCCCUGAUGCCACCAUUGCUGACCUCAAGCUUGAGGCAAUGAAGGCCUUUCAAGAAGUAUAUUUGAUGUUCAGAAGGUUCCAAGCUGAAGAGCUGAUGGGCUAUAGCGGUGUUGAUGAAUCCACCCAAGUGAAGCUCUUGUUAGGGUCUACUGAAUCUGUUUGGAUUCGGGGAAAGUUCAGCGGGAAAAGUUGUUUGAGUAGGUAUAGGAUGGAAAGGGGUACCGAGAGAUGGACUGUGGAUUGCUUUUGUGGAGCUAUGGACGAUGAUGGGGAGAGAAUGCUGGCUUGUGAUGUCUGUGGUGUAUGGCAGCACACCAGAUGUUCUUCUAUACCUGAUUCUGAUGCAGUUCCUACAAAUUUUUAUUGCUUGAGAUGCAGAUGCAAUGGUCUAGUGAUUAGAACUAGUGAUAAAUGCAAGGAUGAGGUGGUGGUGGUUGUGGAGGAUGCCGUUCGUGGUGAUGCUGCUGCUCCUGCUGGCGUCUAUGGGAAGAGCAUGACGAAUACUGGGGUUUCAUAA